AAGAGCUUCCGUUGCCUGCGGUGGGCCGCCUGCCAUCGCGUUCCUCUCCUAGCCGUCGACGGAAUUGUGGUACGUUCUGGUCCUGCCUGAAGUUUGACCCUUGAGAUCAGACACGGACGCAAGGGCGGACGUGCGAGACGCGAUUUUUUAUUGCACCCAGUGACAUAGUGCGCGACGUCUUAUCCUGCUGGAUGGGCGUUCAGUAUGGGGCGCACGAAACGGCAUGGCGUAGUGGCCGAGCGCCCAAUGGAUGGGUGACUUCUCCCAGGUUUUUCUGUCUGCAUGCUGCCAUGCUGCCAUGCCACCAUCGCCCAAUUCCAGCAUCGUUAUCUGCAACGGCACUGGCGCGCCCUCAUACCCUGAUUAACCGUGAGAACAGGGAGACGCCCGGGUCAGAACCGCACUCAGGUCCCCUCAAGUUAUUUUACGGAGACCCCACCUCAAGUCCAACGCCCUCGACAACAAGCGUGAAACCCAGGUUCGUCAGUCUGUGCUCUUCUGCAAGAUUACCGGUACCAAGCUCGUUGGUCACCAUCCACCACACCAUCUCGCCCACACCCCAAAGCACAUCGAAGUCGACCGGGGGGUCUACCCAUCCACACUUGCCAGGGUGCCCUGACCUCGGGAACGUCUACCCUUGCUCCAUCUGGGUCACAUCCCAAUUGCACCGCUGCCUUAAACUCGCACAAAAACCAUUGACGUGCCACGGAUACCGAAUCUCUCCUUUCCAACAAGUCUCUUAUCUGUAGCUGCCUUCGCCUGUCCGGCCACACCUCGUCUUCGAGCAGAGCCUCUCGAGUGCCGACGUUACUCAGUAGAGACGUGAAGCCACGCCCCAGUCAUUUACCCACCCGUCCGGUUGC